UAAAAUACUAAUUCACACCAAACCAAAACUCAACGCAAAGAGACACAAUAACAACAUAACACAACACAAGCCUCCUAAGACUUGGUGUACUUGCCAAAUUGUGUUGUGUUCCCUCACAACCACAAUUUCUUUCUCUCUUCGUGUUUCGUUUUGUCUUUAUGAAACUCCCAACAACGUUUGCAGACCCUGAAUCCCUCUCUUACCUUUACACCUUGCUCCAAUCUUCCUUCGAUCAAAUGAACCACCCCAACAGUGAUAACAACAACAGCAACAACAACGCUGCUUCCACCACCGGCAGAAAGCGCCGCAGAAAAAACCAAGACGAUGAUGACGAUGAGGAUGAUGGUUCAUCCAACAACCAAGAGGAACAAGGAAGCAACACCAAGAGGAGCAAGAAGAAGAAGGAGGAACUAAAGGGUAUCCUCACUUCGAUUCUGUUGUUGGAUGAGCAAGAGAAGAUGGAGCAGCAACACAACAACAAGGUCUCUGAGGAGGAGAAGUUUUCGUUGGAGACGAAUCACAGGAAGAAAACCAAGGCCAUGCUUCAGUAUUAUGAGAAUCUGGACGAGUACUACAGCCACGUGGAGGAGUCCGAGAGGGUGAAGAGAAAGAAGUCACGUGGCAUGGCACGUGCGGUGGCGGUUGCGGCGUGUGAGAGGGAGGGGGAGGGUGCGGUUGAAGGGGUGAAAUCGGGUGUGGGGGGUUCGCAGAGAAGGUUGUGGGUGAAGGACCGUUCAGGGGCGUGGUGGGAUGAGUGUAACAAAGAGGGUUUUCCCGAGGAAGAGUUUAGGAAGGCUUUUAGGAUGGGAAGGGAAACUUUUGACAUGAUAUGUGAGGAGUUGAAUUCUGCUAUUGUGAAGGAAGACACCACUUUGAGGAAUGCUAUUCCUGUGAGGCAAAGGGUGGCGGUUUGUUUGUGGAGGUUGGCCACUGGUGACCCUCUUAGGAUUGUGUCAAAGAGGUUUGGUUUGGGGAUAUCAACUUGUCAUAAACUUGUUCUUGAGGUUUGCACUGCUAUUAAAACUGUGCUUAUGCCUAAGUACUUGCAGUGGCCUGAUGAGGGUGCAUUGAGGAGGGUGAAGAGUGAGUUUGAGGGUGUUUCAGGGAUUCCAAAUGUGGUGGGGUCUAUGUAUACUUCUCAUGUGCCUAUUAUUGCUCCUAAGAUUAGUGUGGCUGCUUAUUUCAACAAGAGGCACACUGAGAGGAACCAGAAGACUUCUUAUAGUAUAACUGUUCAGGGGGUGGUGGAUCAUAGAGGGGUGUUCACUGAUGUGUGCAUUGGUUGGCCUGGCUCAAUGCCUGAUGAUCAGGUGUUGGAAAAGAGUGCCCUUUUUCAAAGGGCUAAUGGGGGGCUUCUGAAGGGUUUGUGGAUUGUGGGGAGUUCAGGGUACCCUUUGAUGGAUUGGGUUUUGGUGCCUUAUAGUCAGCAGAAUCUCACUUGGACUCAGCAUGCUUUCAAUGAGAAGAUUGGGGAGGUUCAGAGGGUGGCUAGGGAGGCUUUUGCAAGGUUGAAAGGGAGGUGGUGUUGUUUGCAGAAGAGGACCGAGGUGAAGCUGCAGGACUUGCCUGUUGUGCUAGGGGCUUGUUGUGUGUUGCAUAAUAUUUGUGAGUUGAAGGGGGAGAAGAUGGACCCUGAGCUGAAGGUUGAUUUGGUGGAUGAUGAGAUGGUGCCUGAGGUUGUUUUGAGGUCAAUGAGCUCCAUGAAGGCUAGGGAUGCAAUUGCUCAUAAUCUUCUGCAUCAUGGCUUGGCUGGAACUUCUUUUGUUUAACUGAAAAGGUUGUGUUUGAUAGCUAAUGGUGUAUGUAUACCAUUUUGCUUCUUGAGGUCAUGAUUCUUUUGCUUGUUUACAAUUACAUGGUGUUUAUUGAAGUCAUAGGUCAUUGUUUGUUGAAGGGGCUUUGUAUGUAAAAGAUGUAUUGGCCCUUUCAACAGAUAUGUGAUGAUAGUCUGCACAGGGUUAGAUCCUGAAUUUGUAAACCCAAUUCCAUACUUCAAUUGCCAAAUAAGAGAUUGAAUAGUAAAAUUAGGACAUUCUUUUGUAGCAUUUCUUUUCUUCCUUGGACUCUGUUGGUAACUUGUGAUUUUGUAAUAUCAUAUUCUUGACCUAUGUUGUUUUUAUGCUUAUAUACAAAGUUUGUGGAUUCUUACACACCAGUUACAAUAAUUGGAAGCUGGUAUUCUUAAA